AAUAGAUUUCGUUGUAAUAAAUAAUAAAAAUAUUUUUUUUAGUUUUCUUUUCACAACUUCAAUCCUUUUCCAUUUUCAUCACAGAAUCACUUUAAAAUGUUAAAAACUACUUCCACUACCAAUGUUUUUUUGUCGAAAAUUAAAAACAUACAUAAAAAAAUGAAAUAAUAAGCAUUAUCAAUUAUCGAGGGCAACGAAAUUCAUGAGCCGCGAUACUAAGUCCGAGGGCGGUGUUAAUUUACACGACUUAUAAGCUACUAACACGAAAAAUAAACAAUUCAACGAUAUCCUUCCCUUUUUUAUCGCUCUCGAAGUAAAAACAGUAUGGAGGCUUCGGCGGGGCGAGGCGCGGGCGCGGGCGCCGGGCGGGGCGGGGGGGGGGGCGACGCUACAGGAGCGCUACUGCCUCUGACGACGGCCGACGGUAGUACGCGCGCUCUACUCCCUCCAGUCGCGCGCCAUGCGCACGCGCAACAUCAACGCACAGUGAUGCCACACUGAAAAAAAAAGUGUCGUGAAAAAAAACCUAUCCAAGGAUUACAGUGAACAAACUCAGUGCAUUAUUAUCGUGUGAGACCAAGUGAAGAAGUGACAGUUUAGCUACGGCAAUAACUUUUUAGUUCACAGUCUCUAUUAACUGUUUUAUGGCCUGUACAGUGCGUCUAUUGUUGUGUACGCUUCCACUAAUCUCCUAUUCACCUGUUUCGACGCCACCUACUGCGGUUGGACUGUGAAAUGUGACAAAAAAUUGCAAUGGACAACCAUUGUACGCUUGCGGACACUAGUUUGUAAACUUUGCGGGUUGACUACCUGACUACUGGAGGGUUGGACCUCGACAGAUCGGUCGAUUGAUCGCCCAACCGCCUUAUGUUUUUGAAACCGUGAUGUCGGACAACGCUGGAACAGUAGUAUCGAGGGCGUCCACACCUCGCCCUGUUAAUGAAACACCAGUUACAGCACCUUUAAGGUCUAGACAUGACCAGUUCCUCGCUAGCUCAGCUGAGAGAGCUCAACAACGCCCAUCAUCGAGUGGCAGAAAUCCAUCAGGAAACUUUGAAUCACCACCCCUACCUUACCAUCGACAGAUGACAACAGGUUCCUUGCUUACAUCUUCCCAUCGCGAAACAUCAGCUUUUGUACCUGUUGUUCCUACUCGGACUAUGCACCCAGUUAUUUAUCCUAACGAAAUGCAUCCCGCAUUGAUCCCUUCAGAAAUCAUUGAGAGAGAAAGAAUGAUGGAUAGGGAAAGAGCUGAACCUGUUAAAGGUUCUCCGGACAGAGCGUCUGGAAAUUUCCCAAAGCGAAACUCCUUCGAUUUAAUGGCUAUGAUGGUUGAGAAACGAAAAGAGGUAGCAUUGCGUGAGGCUGCAGCAGCCAUGUUGCUACCGCAUCAUAGAACAUCAUCCAUUGAAGGCAUGAUGUCAGAUGGAUCUUCACAACCUCCCAUCUACGGUCCACCGGGACCGUUCCUUGGUCCUCCAGGGCCCUCUCCCACUGCAGCUGGCAGUUUCACAUUCCCUGGAGCCGGUUUAUUUCCUCCUGGGGCUGGACCUCACCAGAUGCACCCCCAUUUGGAUAGAAGACUGCUAAGAGCACCUGGUCGUGCCUCAAGACCUAAGAAACAGUUUAUCUGUAAAUUCUGUAACCGUCAAUUUACAAAAUCCUACAACCUGCUCAUCCACGAAAGGACACAUACCGAUGAGCGGCCAUACUCGUGUGACAUCUGCGGCAAGGCUUUCAGAAGACAGGAUCACUUGAGAGAUCAUAGGUACAUACACUCGAAGGAGAAACCGUUUAAGUGUACAGAAUGCGGGAAAGGUUUCUGCCAGUCAAGGACCCUGGCAGUCCACAAGAUCCUGCAUAUGGAAGAGUCUCCUCACAAAUGUCCUGUUUGCAGCCGAAGCUUUAACCAACGGUCAAACCUAAAGACACAUCUACUAACACAUACGGACCAUAAACCGUAUGAAUGCAACUCGUGCGGUAAAGUUUUUAGAAGAAAUUGUGACUUACGGAGACACGCCUUGACACAUGCGGUUGGAGAUGUACCGCCAGGUGAUGUACUAGAUGUAGGCGAAGAGGAUAUUGGUAGACCAGGAUCACCGAUAGAACCUGGGUAUGACGACGAUGACCCCGAGUUGUCAUCCCCUGAACAUUCGCCUGUAAGAAGGGCCCGAUCUUCAUCUAUUGAAAGCAUUGGCAGAGAGCAGAGUGAAGAAAGACCUCGACGCACAUCACCUUCUCCGGUAGAACGUACUCACUGCCAUCACAAUGAGCAGAGAGACAGAGCAAGCCCAUAUACCAUGCGUCCUCAAUAUCAAGAGAAGCAUCGCUUACCAACAUCUGAUUUGUAUGAGAAACGACGGUACACGUCAGAUGAGAUCAUCGAAAAAGAAAUGCGCUACACUGAAGUUCCUGAACAACAAAUACGACAUCCUCAGCUGCAAAUCAGAAGAGAUCUACAUCAAGUCGCACCACCAGAUCCCACAAAAAUGGGCCAAAUGGCAAGUCCUCCAAUAGAUCCGGGACCCUCUGGAAUGUACUUGAGUCCAUUUAGAAAAAGAAGUCACCCACCAGAUAUUGGUGACAACGUGAGGAACUGUGCAGCCGUCUACAGAAGCCGGUCACCAGAACCGACUAAUCUAACAAUGCCUCGACCAUCUAUGGGUAAUCCUGAAGUAGUCGUCGGUAUUCCUCCAGCUAUCAUGGGAAUGCCAUCAUAUCAUAAGUUUGGUUUGCCGAUGCCGCCCCCUCAUCCACAACUGGCAUACGGUCCUGUUCCACACCCGGUAUUAGGUCCACAGCAAACGGUUGCUCAAGAUUUGAUAGUGAAACACGCGCCGCCAAAAGACACAACACCUAGUACUUCAACUUCUGUCACCAACUGCAAGGAUGGACAGAAAGAGUCUGAAGAAGGAAGUUCGAGUUUCAUAACAAGUGGAAUCAAGAAUAUUGUUGGGAUCCAGCCACCUACAAAUCCGAAACCAGGGACGAGUACGUCUACUGGUCCUAAAAAAGGCUUUAGUAUAGAAGAUAUUAUGAGACGCUGAUGAAAUGUGAAUGACGGCGCUGUCUGUUAGGCCUUACUGUAUGCAAAUGUGAUUGCGCAGUAGAAAACGUUAAAUUUUCGCUUCAACGGACAGUCGACUUGUACGACGAGUGUCUUUAACACCUUUGUAAUACAAUAUUGCGGUGGGCAGUAGUUCUGCGAUUAUAUUAUCGUAUUGGUGCAUUUCUAGAGAGAUUUAAGAUUUAAAAUUGUUUGUGUACCUAAUUUUAGAUUAACUCUUAAUGAAAAGUAUUAUUAGUCCAAGUUUCGUUUAUACACAUUGUAAAAUUUCUAGAGGUAUGUUUGUACGUAUUUGCAACGUGGAUUUGGUUUUCGUAAAGAUCUCAUAAGGUUUGUUUGUGCAGUGUUUUGUUUACCUCCAAAUUUUAAAAAUUUAGAUUAUCGAAGAAAAUUUUAGGCAAUAAUUAUUAUUUUUGAAGUUUUAUUGUUGGAUAUCGACGAACAAAACAAUUGUUUGUGUGAUUUCUUGUUUGAAUCCAUCAGUGCUGAUUUGUAAUUAAAAUAAUUUAAUUAUAAUUUAGUUAGUAGCACAUAGAUUUAGUUUCUAUUAAGAAUUGACUGGUUCUUAUUACAGCUGUUAUUUAUUAUUUAAUUAUUUCAUAGUUUAAUUUUUGAAAAUUUUAGUUUUGUCGGGCAAUAAGCAGUUUUAUUGAUAAUCGUGAUUUAAUUUAAGUUUCAGAAAUAGUUUGUAAAUAUUCCUAUUAUAAUUAUUUUUAUUUUUAUGUUCACUUUUUACUACCUAGUUAAAGAUUGUUAAUUUUAAAUAAAAAUGAAUACUUGUAUGUGUUUUACAGAAUCAUUAAUAUUUAUAAUUUUAAUUAUAAAACGAGGACUCUCCUAAAUAGUUUAGCAGCUCUUGCUCAGAUGUAAUUUAGUGAAUUACUUUACUUAUGUACAUUCUUAUUUUUUAUAUUAAUAAAUUAUGAUGACAGAUAA